AUGGAGUUAAGCAGUGGUAGAUUCAGUUAUAUUGGAGGAGCUUUGAAGCAGGGCAUUGUUGUUGAUCCUGAUUUGAUGACCUGGUCAUGUUUUGAUGGCUUCUGUGAGGAGUUUUUGAUAGAAGGUGGUUUAGUGGAGCGAGUUUGGUGGAAGCUCAAUCACGAGAACAUGGAAACAGUGUUAAUGUUUUGCUGUUUUGCUUGUCGUCGCUUAUCUCCUGGUUUUUGCUUGUCUUUGUGUUUCGUGGCCAAUCAUUCGUGUCAAGGAGCUGAAUAUGGGGCUGUGAGGGAGUUUCAAGGUGCAGAAACAAUCUCACUCACACAACCUUCUCAAAUCUCAGAGUGA